GUUGAACAUUAACAAUGUAAUGGGCAUCCUUUCUAAUUACUGAGCUCUCUAAUAAGUAUAUCAUCAUUUUCCAGACAAAAACCUAGAUUCAUCUGUAAUAUGAUGACACUCAUGGGGACAAUGAGGGGGACAAAAAUAAUUCCCCCUAACUGGACCAGAAGCCAGCUUCAUGUCGAGCAGCUAGCUCUAAUAUAUACCUGAUUUACUCUGAGCCCACCAUGUAUUCAUUCAUCCAGUUAAGUUGAGCUCCUCCCGUGUGCCAGGCAGUGAAGGAGACAGACCUGGAGAUAGACACUAAGCAGGUAAUUACAAUAAAAUGUGUGCUAUGGGAGUGUUUGGACAGGUAGUCAGAGAAGGCCUGCUUUAGAAAGAUGUUUAAACAGAGACCUGAUGGGUAAGUAGCAAUUAACCAGGCAAGCAGGAAGAGGGAAGAGUGUUUCCAGCAAAGGGAACAGCUUAUGGGAAGGCAGAGGAUCUAGAUGUGGUCUGUUGGAGAUGGGUGGAGAGCCUGGGAGGAAUGACUCAACGCUGAUGAGGAGCCAGGGCCCUGUAGACGAUCAGGAAUUUAGAAUUGGCCCAAAGGCAAUGGAAAGCCAUCGAAAGGUUUUACACUGAAGGGUGGCAUGAUUGGAUUAACAUUUUGGGAAGAUCACUCAAACUGGAAUACGGUAAGUUAAAGAAAAGAAGAUAAACAGACCUUUUAGGUUAUAGGCUUGGACUAGGAUGGUAGAACUUGGUGAUUGAUUGGGUGUGGCUGUACGGGAAAGAGGAGUCAAGGAUGAUUUCCACUCACGGACACAGAAAACAAACUUAUGGUUACCAAAGGGGAAUGGGGGGGGCGUGGGGGGGAUAAAUUAGGAGUUUGGGAUUAACAGAUACACACUACUGUACAUAAAAUAGAUAACCAACAAGGGCCUACUGUAGAGCACAGGUAACUAUGUUCAAUAUCUUGUAAUAACCUACAAUGGAAAAGAAUCUGAAAAAGAAUAUGUGUAUAUAUAUGCUUGUGUGUGUGUGUGUGUGUAUAAAACUGAAUCGCUUUGCUGUACACCUGAAACGAACACAUUGUAAGUCAACUAUACUUCAAUUAAAAAAUUGAGAAAAAAAAAAAAGAAUGAUUUCCAGGUAUCUAGCCUGGACAGCUGGUUAGAUGGUGCCGUAUGCUGAAACAAGGACUGCAAGAGCAAGAGCAGGAAAAUGGAGUUGAGUUUUAGAUGUUGUUCAAAUGCCUGGGGGUUAUCCCAUGGGCAGUUCUAGUUAAGGGCUAGCAGAGAAGUCUGGGCUAGAGAUAAAGAUUUGUAAGCCUUGAGUUUAUAGAUGGUGACUGACUAAAGUAACAGGUAUUAAUGAGAUGGUUUAGGGGCCAUAAUGUGGGGUGAGAAGAGAAGAAUGCAGAGGAGAAUGAAAAGGUCAGAGAGGUAAGGGGAAACCAGUAGAAUAUGGCAUCAUAACUUCCCAGGCAGGGCCCAUAGCCACCUCCCAGGGAAGCUUCAAGGGGCCAAAAUGAAAAUCCUAGGAUGUUUUGACUCUCUUCUUUUCUUUUUGCUAGUUGCCAGAUAUAAACUCCGAAUAGUUGAGCCACCAAAACUACCUCUGGAAAAAAAACCGAACCCUGAUAAAGAUGGUCCAGAUUUCGAGCCCAACCUGUGGAUGUGGGUAGACCCCAACAUCGUGUUCCCCCCUGGAGAGCUGGAGGUCCCAGAACCCAGUAAGGGGAAGAAUCUGACAAGCGUAGUCCCUUCCCCUCAGCCACCCCCAAAAGAAGACGACUUUGCCAAAUGCCCACAGGCCACAGUGGUGGAGUCGCCAUCACUUUCUGGAGACCAGUAUCCCCCUCGGAAGUGGUUUGCCUCUUCCCCCAGCAACUGGGAGCUCACAGAAGAGGAGGAGGCUGAGGACCAGGAUGACAGCUCCUCUGUGGCUCUCCCGUCCCCUCACAAAAGGGCCCCCCUCCAGAGUCGGAGGCUUCGGCAAGCCAACAGCCAGGAGGGGGGGCUGUGGUCCCGGCCCCCUCUCAAUUACUUCCACCUAAUUGCACUGGCAUUAAGAAACAGUUCCCCCUGUGGCCUCAACGUGCAACAGAUCUACAGUUUCACUCGACAACAUUUCCCCUUUUUCCGGACGGCUCCUGAAGGCUGGAAGAAUACCGUGCGUCACAAUCUCUGUUUCCGAGACAGCUUUGAGAAAGUGCCGGUCAGCAUGCAGGGUGGCGCCAGCACACGGUCCCGAUCCUGCCUCUGGAAGUUGACCGACGAGGGACACCGUCGCUUUGCAGAGGAGGCCCGCGCCUUGGCCUCCACUAAGCUGGAAACUAUCCAACAGUGCAUGAGCCAGCCAGAUGUGAUGCCCUCCCUCUUCGACCUUUAGUUCCACAAACCAACCGUCCGCCCAUGCCUUAUUAAAGUUAUCUGCAGC